AUGGGUCGUCUUCACUCCAACGGAAAGGGUAUCUCUGCCUCCGCCAUCCCCUACUCUAGGACCCCCCCUAGCUGGCUCAAGACCACCCCCGACCAGGUCGUCGAGCAGAUCUGCAAGCUCGCCAAGAAGGGUGCCACCCCUUCGCAGAUUGGUGUUGUCCUCCGUGAUUCCCACGGAAUUGCCCAGGUCAAGGUUGUUACUGGUAACAAGAUCCUCCGUAUCUUGAAAGGAAACGGCCUCGCCCCCGAGAUCCCAGAGGACUUGUACAUGUUGAUCAAGAAGGCCGUCGCCGUCCGAAAGCACCUUGAGCGCAACCGCAAAGACAAGGACUCCAAGUUCCGUCUCAUUCUCAUCGAGUCCAGGAUCCACCGUCUUUCCCGCUACUACAAGACCGUCGGUGUCUUGCCCCCUGUCUGGAAAUAG